ACAAACCGCUACAAGCAGGGUAUAACGAUAAUCUUCUUCUACACGCGCACUUACAGAAACCCUAAUUUCGCCGUACGGACCAAAUCAUUCCAGAAAGCAAGAUACCAGUGGCUAACGAUAAGGUUUUCUGUAACCGUUUUCUCGAUCUACAAAUCGCCGAGAAAUCAUGGCGGAAGUGAUGUCAAUGGAAGAUAUACGGACCGAAGCGGCUCGUUUGAACAUCGAUUUAUCUGGAGUCGAUUGGAACUCGAUUCGGCUACCUCCCGGUGAAGAUUGCGGCAUCAAAAGUGAUGAUGAUGAUCUUAACGAGGAGGAUUCACUGGAAUUUGAUGCUGGCUUUGGGAAUAUUAUCAUUGUGGAUAACUUGCCGGUUGUCCCUAGAGAAAAGUUCGAGAAGCUUGAAGGUGUGGUUCGUAAAAUCUACAGCCAAAUCGGAGUCAUUAAGGAGAAUGGACUUUGGAUGCCUGUUGAUGAAGACACUGGUAAAACCCGAGGUUAUUGCUUCAUCGAGUACAACACUCCUCAGGAAGCUGAGCUUGCCAAGGAGAAGACCAAUGGGUACAAGCUAGACAGAGCACACAUUUUUGCUGUCAACAUGUUUGAUGAAAUUGACAGAUUCAUGAAAGUACCAGACGAGUGGGCUCCACCUGAAAGCAGGCCUUAUACACCAGGGGUACGUAUUUGA